GUCUAGCUGUGUGUGUGUAUCAGUGCACGGUGUGUCUGUAGCUGUGUGUGUUGUGUGUUUAUCUGUGCACGUGAUGGACAACUCAGAAGAGAUCAAGAAGGAGCACAGUGACAUGGCAAAGGACAUGGAAGCAGGUGGUCCUUCAGUGUCUCCUGGACAGGUGCUGCCUUCCCCCUCCACCUCCACCUCCCCCUCCUCCACCUUAACCCAGACCCAGGCUCCUCCCCCUCCAUACCCAGCAUAUGCCCCUCCCCCACAGGGAUACCAACAGACUCCACCCUACGGUCAGAUGGCGCAACCAGGUCACAUGGUGCAGGCUACACCACAACAGGGUCCUAUGAUGCAGGCUACACCCCAGCCAAUACAGAUGGUUCAACUGCAGCAGGGUCUGAUGACGCAGGCCACAUCCCAGCCAAUACAGAUGGUUCAAAUGCCACAGGGCCAGAUUCUGGUUUGUUCCGGUGACCUUGGUGAUAUCCCCACCAUGACGACGUGUCGGAACUGUGCGCAGAAGGUCCAGACCAGAGUGGUGUAUCACAGCGGAGCCUUCACCUGGCUCAUAUGUGGACUCUGCAUUAUGUUUGGGCUGGUGUUUGGCUGUUGUGUGAUUCCCUUCUUCGUGGACAGCUGCAAAGAUGCUCAUCACUUCUGCACCAACUGCAAUGUCAACCUGUCCAUUCACAAGAGGCUGUAGCGUUCUCUCACACACACACAAACAAACAAAUACACACACACACACACACACACACACACAUAUGCGUACAGACAUCCAAACAAACAAAUGUGACUCAACCACACUUUUGUAUGACUAGAAUGUUGAAUGAGAUCUAGUCUAACACAUCUCUCUGUAUUCUGACCAGUCAUUAAAGAGGCACUGAGCUACAUCUCUUUAUUCAUUAAAGAGGCACUGA